AUGAUAUCACCAUUCUUUAGAACCAGAUCUAUUGGACGAUUCUCCAAUGACAUAAUAUUGACCAGCACAAGAAAUCUAGUGCUCAAACUGGCGGUAAUCGGUAACACGAAAUAUCCAUUAAGACCUCAGUUGCAUCUGAAUGUCAAUAAAAACACUGUCAAUUUUGCCUUAAUACAUUCCGUCAGAUUUCAAUCGACAAAACAACCGGAACAAAAAAAAGCGGAGGAAAAACCUGCAAAAAAAGGAGAACAGGUUAAGACCGUGAUUGUCAAGGAGGAAGAACCAAAACCUUCAUUAUGGGAAAAAAUAAAACAUGAAGCUCAACAUUACUGGCACGGUACUAAACUUUUAGGAUAUGAAAUAAAAGUCUCUACCAAGUUAAUGUUGAAGAUGAUGUCCGGGUAUGGUUUAUCCCGAAGAGAAUCUAAUCAAUUACAAAGAACUAUUGUCGAUGUAGCUAGAUUAGUUCCGUUCUCCAUGUUUGUCAUUAUUCCAUUUGCUGAACUUUUGUUGCCGGUCGCAUUGAAGCUCUUCCCAAACUUGUUGCCUUCCACUUAUGAAUCUAAUGUGGAUCGUCAAAAGAAGAAGAACAAAUUGAAGAAGGCCAGAACCAGUGCUUCGGAAUACAUCAAGCAAACCGUGGCCCAAUCAGGACUCAAGCUUUCCAAGCGUAUUACCGACAAGGAAAGAGAAGCGUUUGUGUCGUUUUUCGAUGGAAUCUCCAUUGGUAAGAAACCAACCAGUGAAGAAUUGAUCCAAGUUGCUAGAUUGUUCAAGAAUGAUAAUGUCUUGGAUAACUUAUCUCGUCCGCAAUUAGCCGCUAUGGCCAAGUAUAUGUCGUUACGACCAUUUGGUACUGAUGCUAUUUUGCGUUACCAAAUCAGACAUAGACUAUUGACUAUUAUCAAGGAUGACAAAGCUAUUGAUUAUGAAGGUGUUGACAGUUUGACUAUCCCUGAAUUGCACAUGGCAUGUCUGCAAAGAGGUAUCAAGACCAGCGACGUAUCUCCAGCAAAAUUAAGAGAAGAUUUGGAAACUUGGUUAGAUUUAAGAUUAAGAAAAAAGAUUCCAUCAACCUUGUUGAUUUUGUCUUGUGCUUACACUUAUGGUGAUAAAUCAAGCAGUCUUGAUAGUUACUAUGAUGCAUUGUUGGCAGUAUUGUCUUCCAUCCCAGAUGAAGUGUAUAAUGUUGCUAAAUUGGAAUUAUCUGAUGACUCUAAAUUGAAAUUGAACAUGUUGAAGGAACAAAGUGAGUUGAUUGAAGAAGAAAACUUGCGUGAAAAGGGUAUUGUUUAUCAAGUCAAGGAUGACAUCAAGUUGGAUGAGUAUGAAGAUACCGCCACUGAUGGUAUGAAGAUUGAAGAAGAUGAGCAGAAAGAGGAUUCGAAAGAGAAGGAGAAGUCCAAAGAAAAGCAGCAAUAG